AUGAAAUGCUCUUUGUUUUCAUGCAAAAGCACAAACUACUACAACGGUUCCUGUUUUCCUAUAUCAGAUGACGAAGAAUUCGAUCUCUUUUUCAAUAAAAUAAAUAAAAAAAAGAAUCUACAUUAUAUGCUCGAAAAUGCUGUAAACGAAAUCAUUUAUAAAACCCAAAAAAAUUGUGAAACCAAUUCAGAUUUUGAACAAGUUGAAAAAAAAAGUAAAAAUGCAUAUUCAGAUAAGUAUCUAGAUGAUAUCGAUAUAAUUUUAAAAAAGGGAAAAAAAGAGAAUAUGUUUGCAAAGAAAAAAAUAAAAAAUAAAAAUAAUAAUCCUUUAUUUAUACCUAAAAAGGAUAAUUCAGUAUUUCCUUCGGAAAAUAUCAAGAAUAUAAUUUAUUCAAAAAAUAAAAGCGAAACUAAUAUAGAAUACAAUAGCGAAAAAAAAACAAAUAUCAGCAAGGACAGCAUAAUAGAAAAUUUUAAAAAUGUAUUAUGUAACGACCUAAAUAAAUACAUUAAAGAAAUAUUACAUGCUAUAAAUAAUAACGAUGUACAUGCAUCAUGUAUUUCCAGUAUCUCAAAAGAUAAUAAAAUUUCAGAAGACAACCUCCCCAAUGUUAAUUCUAAGAAUUUAAAUAAUAAUAUACUUACUAAUAAUAAUGAAAAUGCACAACAAUUACCACAUAACCGCGACAAAAUACAUCCAAACAUAAUCAUGGGUAGUUCUCUUAAUAAUUUAUAUAUUGGGGAUUCUAAUAGCUCUAAAGGAAACAAUGUAAGUGCUGAACGCCCAGAAAAUGUACAAAUUAAAACAUGUCAAUUGUUUAAACAAAAUUUAAAUACGAAUCAAAUGUUUCAUAAUAAAAAUAAAAAUUACACGUCACAUAGAAAUAUAUCCAUUACCACAGAAAAUGUGAAUUGCAAAAAAAAAUAUGUAAAAAAAAUGAAAAACGGAAAUAAACACACAUAUAAUAGUAACAAAGGAGUUGAUAAAAAAUAUAUAUAUUAUACACGAGGAGGGAAUCUAUUUAAAAAGAAAAAUCCUUUGUUCAAAAAUGAAAAUGUUAAUCCCUAUUUCAACAAGAAAAAGGACGCAUAUCAGACUAUAAAAUAUACUUAUAAACAUAAUAGAUGUUAUACUAAUGAAUCAACUAAUUUGAAUUCCAACACUUCCAAUUAUGGAAACAUAAAAAAAGAAAGAAUAUUAAAUUCUCCACACAAAACUUUAGCAAAAACGAACCCAAAUAAUGAUUUCACUUUUAGACAUUUUCAAAAAAAUGCAAACAAUAAUAUUUUAAAUAAAUUUCUUUCUUAA